ACCUUCAUUCCCCUUGCUAGCAGCUGUUGUGGUCACCUCACCACAUGCGCAAGUGUGUGAAACGACUGUGGGAGGGGCUGUACGUAGGGAUUAGUCCGAGUGCAAGCUGGUCCGAGACACCCUGUAUUACAAUAAAGAAAACGUAGAAAACAAACAAAAUAAUAAAACAGUAGAAGCAGGUCAACAUGCUAACAAAACACCUACAGCCUAACAUGACGCAGAGUUGAAUAUUUGAAAUUUCGUUUAAUUGACCAAGUAUUAUGCUACUUCUUAUUCAUAACUACACCCCUAGAGAUCAGUGUUCAUCUCCAGGUAUGCAUCUGCCACUGCUAGACACCCUGAGUUAUUAAAAAAACAAAACGAAAAAAAAAAAUUAUAGAACUUGGGAACACAAUUGUCGUCACAAGGAUUCUCUGCUUAAUGCCUUUUAGGUACUGUUGAAAAUAAUUUGGGCAAUAUAUGAUGAUUCUUUUUUUCUUUUUCUUUUUUUACAUUGGUAGGCAUAGGAGUGUUCCGUUUCUCUUGUCUACUGAUAUAUUGUCUCCUCACAUUCCUUUGUAAUGUACAAUUUAAUAGCACAAGAAGAGAAGAUGAGAAAGAUCCUAGAAACAAGAGAUCGACAGCUAUUGCUAGUAAUCUUGCUUCCAACCGCAGCCACAAUUACCCUUGUACUAGUUUCUGUGACGUGGUAUUUGCGUAAAAGAGCACGCAGAAACAAAGGAUGGAUGGAUGACGAAAAAGAAUCCCAAUCUUUAUUCAGACCUACUAUGGCAUCUCCUGGAAAUGCAAAUGAUCCUACUUUGCAAGUAUUUAGUUUCACUGACCUUGUAGAAGCUACCAACAAUUUUUCAUUUGAAAAUAAGCUCGGAGAGGGUGGAUACGGACCUGUUUACAUGGGUAUAUUACGUAAUGGACAAGAAAUAGCAGUAAAGAGACUCUUAAGGACUUCUACGCAAGGAUUUGAAGAGUUCAAGAAUGAGGUCAGCUGACUGCUAAACUGCAGCAUGUAAAUCUUGUAAGAGUUUUGGGAUUUUGCACUGA